CCACCCCACCCCACCCCACUUGACAAUCAUUGUCCUACUACUACUACUUCUUCUUCCCCUCUCUUCAUUUCUACUAUACAUCUUUUUCUAAAUAAAUAAAAAAGUAUAUAUAUAUAUUGUCACCGGAAAACUCAUCGGAAUCUUGGAUUCCCGGCGUUAAUAUAUCCUCUCCACAAUAGGUAGUUGUAUGAUUGUAUAAAACGUUGAAAAUAAUUUACGCGUUUUUUGAUUCUGCGUCUCGGAGAUGAGUGAUCAAACAUCUGAAUUUCAUGUAGCGCAACAAAGCCGGAGAGAAAGGUUGAGAGUUACUAAUUCGGAGGAGAUGGAUAUACUUCAUCAGCCAUAUCAGUAUAGACAUAUUUCGUAUGAUCCAUCGUUAGUACUGUCAUCAUCUGAAAUGAUUAAUUUCGCGACAACAAGUACUGAUGUUACACAACAUAAUGUUGGUAUGCAGCAACAUAGUACUAGUUGUGGUUGGAAUAAUGUUGGUAUUGAGAAUAAUUUGAGUCCAAUGUUUGUUGGAGGAGGAGGUGUGUUAUCGAGUGGAUCGUUGAACUUGAAUAGUAAUGUUGAUGUGAAACCGAGUUUCUAUAGUGGUUAUACCGAUAUGCAGCAGUCAGUACCAGGUGUAACUACUAACUUAUCGACUACUAGUAAUGUUGAGUUUGGGUCUAGUACUUCAGUACUUUAUCACGACACACUUCAAGAAGUUGUUACUUCUGCUACGGGGGGAAAUCAAGGCGUUGAAACAGGCCGUGUUGGUUUGUGGAAUGAGAAUAGGAGUUAUAUUGAUCAAUCGCGGCUAUUGUAUCAUAAAAGUUGUGAAUUUGGGACUAAUGCUAGCGCGAAAGGUCCUGAUAACACGAGUGCUCAGGGCUUGGUUCUUUCACUUUCACCGGUUCCACAAUCAAGAGCGAAUGCAAUGCAGAUGGAUAAGAGGAACAAUGCAUCAAUAGUACCUGACAAUUUCGCGAUUGCACAUCGUAGUGCAGUGCCACUUGGUCCUUUUACUGGCUAUGCAACGAUACUGAAAAGCUCGAAGUUUCUUAGGCCUGCACAACAAUUGUUGGAUGAACUUUGUGAUCUUGCAGCAGGUUCAUCAAGCUCGAUUAGAUGUUCAAGUUACACGAAAAAGUAUCGUGAUGGUUUUAGGGUUUCUAGUGAAGGUUAUGCUGGUCCUGAGUCUUCAUCAGGAGGUGGUGGUAUCGGUGGUGAUUCGAGUGGCUUGAAUGAAUCCAACGUGCGCCCUGAGUACUUGCAAAAGAAAGCGAAGCUGAUAUUUAUGCAGGAAGAGAUUUGUAAAAGGUACAAACAGUAUCAUCAGCAAAUGCAAAUGGUUGUAUCGUCCUUUGAAACCGUGGCUGGUCUAAGUGCAGCGACCCCGUACAUUUCCCUAGCUCUCAAAACAGUCUCGCAACAUUUUAAAUCACUGAGAAACGCGAUCAUGGAUCACCUCAAAAGCAUAAGGCAAGCGUUGGGCGAAGACUUGCCUUCCCCUGCAUCUGGUAUGAGUAACAAAGGCGAUGGAAAUUCGUCAAGGUUGAACGUUGACCAAACAUCGUUACACAAACAGAAAAGUGGGGGUGGGGGUGGGGGUGGAGCCGGGGUUGGAUUUUUCGAGGCACAACAACAUGUUUGGAGGCCACAACGUGGCUUACCAGAACGCGCUGUCGCUAUUCUUAGAGCUUGGCUUUUCGAUCACUUCCUUCACCCGUAUCCUACAGAUACCGAUAAACACAUGUUGGCUUCUCAAACUGGCUUAACUCGAAACCAGGUUUCUAACUGGUUCAUCAAUGCACGUGUUCGUGUAUGGAAACCGAUGGUUGAAGAAAUACAUAUGCUGGAGACUAGAGGAGGACCGGGAGGAGAUCAAAUCGGUACCAGUAUCAGAAAAUCUGAUGUGAACAAGCUCAUGACAGACCGAACCAACCAUGUAAACUGCGGUCAUCAACAUUUGAGUAACGUACACAGCAUGAACGACUUGAUGUCAGAUAAGCAAGGUAUUGGACCCUCGGAGCGAUUUGAUGGUAGUAAUGAUCAUACGUGGAGGAAUCAAGAGAAGCGUUCGAGGAUAGAGUGUCACAAUAUCCCUCCUGCAGCAGCAGCAAGCAUAGAUGGAUCGUUGAUGGGAUUUGUACCUUACCAAAGAAAUGCACUUGAAAUCGGAGGUAAUAUCGGACCUGUGUCAUUGACAUUGGGACUAAGGCAAAACGCAGAGGCUACGCAACAACAACAGCAGUUACAACUACACGAACAUCGACUUCGACAGCAGUUUGGUGGUCAUAUGAUUCAUGAUUUUGUUGAUUGAAAUGAGACUAAGUUGAUAUUGUUCAAGUUUAUGCCCAAAAAAAAUGAGGCAUUACAUUGUAAAUUAUGUUUUUUCUCUAGUAGUGGAUGAAAUUUGUUAGUACUAGUUUAUAUGUUAUACUUUUUGGGUUAUUUGUACCCUUGUCGUCUAACUUUUGGUACGUAUAUAUCCUCGAACUAUUGAAAAUAGUACGGAUAUA